AUGGGCAAUAAGUGGUUUGUUUUUAAAAGAUAUUUUAGUCAAUAUAUUGGCUUGCAAAGGGAGUGGAAACAAGUAGAAAUCAGAAAAGUAGCUGCUCCUAAAGCAUAUAAAGUUGGAGAUCCCAAACCUGCGUAUAUAGUCAAGAAAAUACCAGAAUAUCCAGACUAUCCAUAUGGUGAAUCUCGUAUUUUUAAACAAAGUAACACAGGUCUUUAUGGAGGUAGUUUUAUUCAAUUUGGUAACAGUAUAUCCGAAAGUAAACAUAAAACAAGACGUAAGUGGUACCCAAAUGUAAUUCGUAAAAGACUUUGGAGUGAGGCUUUGAAUAAAAUGAUUCAUUUGAAACUAACUACUAAGGUAUUACGUACUAUUAGUCAUGAGGGUGGGUUAGACAAUUAUCUAUGUAAAGAUAAACCAGCAAGAAUCAAAGAAUUAGGGUCAUUUGGUUGGAAAUUGCGUUAUGAUGUUUUGACGGCAAAGGAAAAAAGAAUUACCAAAUAA